ACCAUGAAUCAUUGAAUGCUGUAGAUCUACCACUGGCAAUGGCAUUCUGCUUUGCUCGUGAAUAUGCAACUGCAACCUGGCUGAAACUGUGAAUCGAAAGAAGCUGAGCAACCUCGAAUGAUUCGAGAUAUUCUCCCCCUGACCUGUAAAACAACUGUCGCGAUAUCAAGUCACCCAAAUUCAACCAUGAAAAUGUCACUGCCCAAAUUGUUCGCUACCGUUGCUUGUAUUUGUUUCGUAGGCUGUGUUUUGUCCGCUAGCAAUGUUCGCGCAUCGCCUAUCAGCUUAGAUGGAGUAGCAAGGACCCUGGAAUAUGACGGACAUGGUGCACUGUCAGCCGGGGCGUCGUCACGAUUGCUCAUUGACUACAGCGAACCGUAUCGCUCACAGAUUCUGGAUUAUUUGUUCUUGCCCAAUUUUGGUGCCAACCUGCAUCUGAUCAAGGUUGAGAUUGGAGGUGAUGCGCAGAGCACGGACGGUGCCGAAGCAUCUCACUGGCACUCACUCAAUCCACCGAUGCACAGCUGUGCCGAGGGCUAUGAGUUCUGGCUGCUGCAAGAAGCUCGGCGUCGUAAUCCUAAAAUCGUGACAUACGCCCUGUCGUGGGGAGCACCAGGCUGGGUUGGCAAUGGCACAUACUACAGCAGUCAAGGCAUCGACUAUCACAUUGACUUCAUGAACUGCGUACGGGAUGUGUACGGCAUACAUCUCGACUACAUGGGCAUCUGGAAUGAGCGCCCGUGGGGCACGACCAAGUGGGUGAAACAGUACCGAGCUGCCAUGGAUGAAGCUGGCUACACUGGGACGCAGAUCGUCAUUCCCGACGGGUGGCUUAGGAGCCAGUUAACCGAUGCUCUUGUUCAUGAUGAUGAGUUUAGACAAGCCGUAUCAGUGGUCGGUUUGCACUAUCCAUGCAAUCAUCCGGCACCAGAGGUCAUUGAUAUGGGACUCAAGUUCUGGUCCAGUGAAGACUACUCUACUGUGGGUAACUGGGCUGGUGCUGGCUGCUGGGGUCGUCUCUUCAAUCAGAACUACCUCAGAAUGAACAUGACGUCGACCAUUUCUUGGUCUCUCAUCUGGAGUGUGUAUCCUGGUCUGCCCUACUUUGGCAAUGGACUGAUGUACGCGUAUGAGCCGUGGAGUGGUUACUACACAGUCAACUAUCCUAUCUGGACAUCAGCACAGACCUGUCAGUUCAGUCAACCAGGCUGGGUAUAUCUUGCUCAAGGUGAUCCGACCAAACAAACCGGUGCAAUGGGAUCAGGGUACUUGGCUGGUGGAGGAUCUUUCAUUACUCUUGUUCCACCAACCAGUGAUCCUAGUUCAACUCUGGGAAAGAACACUGUAGCCAUCGCAGGUGGCGGAGACUUUUCUCUCAUCAUUGAAAAGCUUGAAGGAGACUGCCUUCGCUGUAAAGGACAAAACACCACAAAUGAGACUGUGGAGUUUGUGCUAUCAGGUGGUCUUGGUGGUUAUCCUGAUGGCUCAGUGAAGAUCAGCUCCCUGAGAUUGUUUUGUACAAAUUCCACUGUUGGAUUUCACCAGCAUGCUGAUGUACUAGUUAACACUACGGAUGGUUCGUUCCGAGUGGACAUGUACAAAGACUCAAUCUGCACGGUAUCAACAACAGUAGGUGCACACCAUGGUGUCCAUCCUGAUCCUCCAGCAUCACAGCCAUUCCCCUACUCAUAUUCAACAUCAUUUGAUGAUUACAACAACAUCAGCCAACAGGCAUUGUAUUUCACUGACCAAGGAGGCUCAUUCAUUAUCCAGGACGAAAGCGGAGACAAGGUGCUGCAACAGGUUGUUGUGGAGCCACCCGGACACAACCAAUGGUCUGGUAAUCCUUUGCCGACAACAAUGAUAGGCAGUGAGGAUUGGAACAACGUCCAUGGUCAGGUCAUGCUGCGGCUGGACGAGCCGCAAUGGCCCGCGUACAAUAACACAUUGAUGGCAGGCCUGUGCCUGAACGUACCUACAAGUCGGUGGAUACGCGGCGGCAAGUCCACUCCCGAAGGUGUCUGUGUACUCGUGACAAGACCUGUGGGUUCUGAGAAUGGUGUCUGGAUGGUGGUUGUGCAGAGUCUUAGUCGAGGUCGAACCGUACUGCACCAGAGCCCGCUGUCAGAGGCAAAAUCCUGGGUAUCCAUUACAUUGAUGGCCAAUGCAACAUCGUACGAGGCUUCGGUGAAUUCCGAUACGGCCACCAACAAUACCUGCACCGAAUGUGCAGCGCAUGCCGCUGGCUAUGCAGCGUUGACCUCCGGCUGGAAUAUGGCAGUGUUCGAUAACUUCUCGGCCAAAGCAAGUCCACCUCCAGUGCCACCGCACGGCUCAUGGGUCCAGUCAUUGAAGAUUGCAAAUGCUGCGCGUCGCAACAACUUCAACGGCCCAGUGGGCGCUGCCGUGCAGCCCGUCAACGGACCAGUGCAUGUGUCGGCACUCGGUCGUUACUAUGGCAACGGUAACGGCAAUGGAAACCACACGCUGGCCCUUCUGGAGGUGUCCGGUGGGAGAACGAUUGCCGAAUGUACUGUCAGCGGUACAUCCUCUCCGGACACACUGGGCUUUGUGUAUUCUGACCUGCCAAACAAGGUCACCUUGCUGCAGGGCGAGAAGUACUACUUUACAUCAACCGAGGUGGAGAAGGGAGACUACUUUCUCGGUUCCGGCAAUAACAACCCAUACGCCACAACCACGGCCAAUCUGGAGCUGCUCUCGUCCGUUUAUUACUUUGAGAAAACAUGGCAUGAGAUAGAUACAGUGGGGACUAUGUAUGGUCCCCUAAACAUGAUUCUUGAAUAGAUGUUACCGGGAACCAUGCCUUUAUACUGGGGCAGAAAACACACGAUUGCCAAUGGACCGAAGCACUGACUAUUGCGUGUAGGUCUAAUUGCGUGUGAAGUUUAUUAAAAAUCAAGACUUCCAUUUUUUUCAUUUCUCACCGAUCAAUCCACUUGUCGAACUCCUUUGCUCACCAAGUUGCAUGCUCUGCUGAUCCCGGUCAUGUGUCUAGUGGGAAAUACAUUCUAUUCUGCUAGAAGGUAAUGCUUGUGGAGUUUCGGAAGUCAGGUUCAGCUCGGCGGAUUUCACUCCAGAACUCCCAACACUGGCUUCUGCCACCUUGUUUUGUCACACCACACCGCUGAGUCUGUGCAAAUUCGAACCAUUAUAGUGCAAUUCCACUUCUUUUGCAAUGCAAAUACCUCUUAUCAAGUUUCAAGUACAGUACGUACAGUCCGAUUAUGGAUUUCAGCUCAAAAACGUCAUCCAGUAACAGUGUAGCUUUCCAAGAAAUUUUACUUAUUUUUA